AUGCUCAGUUUUUUGGUCGUCGGGUUUGCCUUCAUCCUAGGAGGUCUCACCUUUGUACCGAUCCUGCUCGCCGCCCUGCUCGGCUUCCUCUUCUACACUUCCCAGCUCGUACCCGUCACUUCGUCCACCAAGACGGGUAUCCCAGCCGUCCAGGUAACAUCGGAGGAAGAGACCGAACCCGUCACACUUUACCGCGCGGGGUGGCUCAUCGUUCGUCGAACCUACGAACCGUGGCUCGGCAGUAAUGACGGCACGUAUGUCGGCAUGCUCGCGAGCGGGUAUCGGUCCUUCAUGGACAAUCGAUCGAGAGAUCCUCGCCGCACCAAACCCAAGGAGCGAUUCUACGCCGUCCUGAAGCAAAACAUCCUCUUCUUGUUUGAGAACGAGCAACAGCUCGAUUGCUGGGCCGCGAUUGAGGUGUCGGCGCAUAAACUCGUCAUCUACCCCGACGGCACCGGCUUGGACGGCGAGCUCUUUGUCAAGAGGAAUGCCAUCUGCCUCAAGCCGAUCCAAGACGACGACAAUCUUCUUGCGCAGUGCUACGAGGGCGCUGAAGACAAGACCCAUGAUCUGGAGCCCUCGGCGCCGCUUCCGUGGUUUCUCUUUGCGCAGGUCAACUCGGAUAAGGAGGACUGGUUACACUCGCUCGAACAAGCCAGCAAGAUGGGCAGAGGGACGGCAUCUGCUGCAGCGCUAGCCAAGGAUCAAUCUUUGUUUGAUCCCGAUGACAUGGCUCGCCUGGUGGAAGGUAUCGACCAGCAACCAGACUCUAUCCCGAUGCGGUGGUUCAAUGCGCUGCUCGGCCGAAUCUUCUUGGCCGUCUAUCGCACGUCCUCAUUGGAGGAGUACAUCGUCUCACGUAUCGUGCGAAAGCUGAAGCGAGUUAAAACCCCUUCGAUGCUGUCCGAAAUCAAAGUCCGAGAGGUUAACGUCGGAUCCGCCGCGCCAUUAUUCUCAAAGCCGAUGCUCAAGGAGCUGACAGCCGAAGGCGACGCGAGCAUGGAGGUGCAUCUCUCGUACGUCGGCGAUCUCCGCAUCACAAUCGAGACCGUCGCGACGAUCAACCUGGGCUCGAGGUUCAAGCCGUAUUCCGUGCAACUCGUCCUCGCCGUCGUCCUCAAAGAGUUGGAAGGAACAAUGCUGUUCAAGAUCAAGCGACCGCCGAGUAACCGACUUUGGUUCGGAUUUACUUCUAUGCCGAAGAUGAAGUUGAGUGUCGAACCCGUCGUUUCGACGCGUCAGAUUAAGUGGAGCAUGAUUACGAGCCCGAUCGAGUCGAGGCUGAGAGAGGUCGUGAGUGGGCUCAUCUUUGCUAAUCUGUUCUGGAACACAGUUUGACCAAUUCUUCUGA